UCAUCAUAAUUGUGUUAAUGACAAUGGAUGAAGCAUUCAACGACCCAAGGUUUGGGCAUAUCAUGUCCGAUCCGAAAUUCAAGAAACAACCCGCUUUCCAGAGAAAGGUGAAGAUCGACAAUAGAUUUCAGCAUAUGUUCAACGAUAAAAACUUCCAAGUCAAGUACACUGUUGACAAGAGGGGGAAGCCUGUCAAUCAGUCUUCCGUUGAGAAUUAUGGCAAAUUUUAUGCGCUCUCUGAUGAGGAAGAUAGUGACAGUGAUGACGAAAGUGAAAAUGAAGACAGAGAUUUUGCAUCUGAUAGCUCAUUGGGAGAGCGGAGGAAAGGUAAAGUGGAUGCAAAGAAAACGUCAAAAGCGAAGUCUGAUUUGGGAAAGAAUAGGACAGUUUUGGUGAAAAGUAAAAAGAAUUUGGAAAAAGUUAAGGGUUUUGAGGUGGAUAAUGUGAAACACCAAAAGAAUAAAUUGAAAACAAAGAAGAGUUCUAAAGUUAGAAAUGAAAUCCAAGAGGAGACCAAUGAUGAUGAUGAUGAUGAUGAUGAUGAUGAUGAUGAUGAUGAUGAUGAUGAUGAUGAAGAAGAGGACGAUACGGGGGAAAAAGAGGAUGACGAAAGUGACGAAGAAACUGAUGAAAGCGAAGAUGAUAUCCCACAAGAAAUGAAAGAGGAAGCAUUGAAAAAAGUUAGUCAAAAGAGAAAACUCCCUCAAGAAAUUAAAUCAGUUGAUUAUGCGAGAGGAAUGGGUGUCUUAUCAGAUAGCAGUUCUUCGGAUGAUUCCAGUGAAGAUGUUUCAGAACUUUCUGCAGAGGAAGAAGACGAUUUAGAACACGAUUGGGGCGAGCUAGACAAAGAUGCCGAUAGAACGGAUUCGGCCACCAAGAGACUGGCUAUUUGCAACAUGGACUGGGACAGAAUUCGAGCUGUCGACCUCAUGGUGUUGUGCUCUUCGUUCUUGCCUUCCGGUGGAGUCAUCGAGUCAGUCUCCAUCUUCGUAUCAGAAUUUGGUCGAAAAAGAAUGGAAGAAGAAGAGGUUAGAGCCCCGAUCGAGAUAGUUGAACAGAAAAAAGUGGAAACUGAAAUCGAUCUUGAGGACAGAGAAGAGGAUGACGAGGAAGGUGACAAGUACCAGAUGGAGCAGCUGAGAAAGUACCAGCUGCUGAGAUUGAAGUACUUCUAUGCAAUAGUUGUGUGUGACUCGCUGGACACGGCUGCCACGUUGUAUGAAGAGUGCGACGGACUCGAAUACGAGAGCAGUGUAACCCGCCUCAGAUUUGUGCCUGAUGACGUCUCGUUCGAUGAGGUAGUGCAAAUCAAUGCAUUUUAUCUUGUAUGCCCGGUUUCACCAGGGUUUUGUCAAUAUUUUCGAGAGAUUCACGAGUGCACUGGAACAUAA